GUGGGUGUGUCUACUCAAGUUCCCGGAUGAAAGUGGGUGUGACUAGGUGGUGCAAAAAUGGCCGACUCACAGGAUACCGAGGCUGACUCCGGGACGAAGAUGGAUACGAGUUCUAUUGUUUCAAUUGAGACCGAAAGAUCAGAUCAGAAAUCUGCCAUGGACACAAAGCCAGAGCCAACAAGGGCAAGAAGUCGAAAGUUGAAAAACCCAAAGAGAGGAAUUCAGUUCAUGCAACGGCAGGAAUUCUCCAAUAUGGAGAGGCAGAUGGACUACAACAUGCAAUAUGGAAGUGAUGCCGGCUCUGAGGUCUACCAAGACAUAGCAUCGGAGAGAGCCAGUCCGCCUCAAAAUGGCGAGCGCCAGAUGUACGAUUGCCUUUCCCCUCUGGCACGCUGGAAACUACAGAGCAAGUACGAGGAUUCCUACUUUCUGCCAAUCUACCAGGAUGGGGAGGGGUCGUCUGCUAAGGAUGAGGAGGCCGAAAGGCAAAUGCUCCAGAGAUCACCUUCCACAUAUUCCAGUCAAGGCAGAUCUAGCCAGAGUCAGGACGACAUGCAAUAUCUAAAUUACCUGAAAAUUAAGCAGAUUAAGUCCGCUUUCUCCAUAACUGAGGACAAAGAUAUUCCCACCAGUGCCCUAUCCUUAGGUAAUAUGUUUGCCCUGAAAAAGCGUAUAAUCAAGCGUGAAGAGAUGAGAAGCAGUAGUAAAGGCAUGGGUUCUGAGUGUUCCGAGGGUUCGUCCGACCAGAGUUCCAGUGGUUCACCAUCAAACGUUGGUACCGACUCACCUGAGGACUUCAAGCAGGACGGGGACAAUGAAGAGUCUCAGGAUGAUAAUAAGCCACUACAGACGGAGCCCGUAGACCUGUCGCUGAAGAAGUCGAGCCCCUCCCACUGGUAUGAGGAUGUAAAUAUGGGUGAAACAGAAAGUCCCGCAGCCGCAGAUGUCAGGCUUGGCUUCAGGGGUCUAUCAUAUAUCAAGAAAGCAGAAGUCGAGGACCACCCGACAGUAACGCUGGAGUCGAUGAACAAGAUCGGGUCUGCUGCCUUGCUUUCCCUACAGAGAAUAAAAGAGGCAUCCGAGUACGUACAAGAUUCUUCUGUCUUUUGGCAAUUCAAACAUCGCCACCACCCAUACAGAUUGGACUCAAUGAGCAAGAUGGGGAUGGAUGGAGGGGCCUUCAGCAAGCCUCAUCUCGCCCCACGAUCUCCCGUCUCGAAAGCCAAGCCGUUCUACGGCACACAAGAGGCACUUGAGCUGCAAAAGAAAAGACGUGUUCAUCGAUGUGAUUUUGAGGGAUGCUCGAAAGUGUACACAAAAAGUUCUCAUUUAAAAGCACACAGACGGACACACACAGGUGAAAAGCCAUACAUAUGUACAUGGGAAGGGUGUACUUGGAGGUUUGCGAGAUCCGAUGAGCUGACACGCCACUACCGGAAACACACAGGGGACAAGCCAUUUAAAUGCCAGAUAUGUGAGAGGGCAUUCUCAAGAUCAGAUCACCUGAGUCUGCAUAUGAAGAGACACUGAGGCUGAUUGGCUGUGUUGGUGAUAUGUUGUGUAUUGUGGAAUGGUUUGUGAAUUCUACCGUUGCCUCUCUGAUUGAGGGAAUCUCCCAUUUUCCUGCAGUGCUUGUGCUGUUACCAGGGCCCUAAUACUGGUGCAAGGGCCCGUAUUCGGUGCAGUUACAAAUUUUGAAGAGCAUAUGUAAAACAUCCGACAUGUUAUACAUAGACUUUGACAGGGGCGUAAACUUAUGCUCAAUUUUUGUCAUAUGCCCGCCAAGCUUGAAAACGCAUAGCUUUACUGUAAUGUCUUUUCUAGUGUUGAAUCAGAAAGGACCUGAAUUGUGCAAUAGUUGAUAUGAAAGUUUUAUACAUAGAGAAAACUUGACUCUCUUAUAAAUAACGGCGACAUAACUGUUGUUAUGUGAAUAUUUUAUUAUGUGUUCAUUUGUGACAUGCAUGUUGAUGGUAUAUGUUUUUGUUUACUUGAUGUGAUGAGAAAAAAGAUGUGUUGAAAGAAAGCUCUAUUUACAUAGGGCAGUGCAGCUCUAUUUACAAAGAGAAGUGCUAUUGGGACGUAUUUUGUAAGAAAAAGGAUUUGUAUGUUGUGUGUGCAUGUUUGCUAGAAAUAAGCAAUGAAAAGCUUGGACUUCCAUAAAUUUUGUACAGUAUAUCAGCAAUAGUAUAAUAUAAUCUUUGACACCAUUCAUGUCAGUAGAUUUGCUGCAGAAAGACAGUCAAUAGAACAGUAGUUUGUAUUCCAAAGAAAAUAAGAGCAAAUAAGAAAUAUGCCAACAGUUUCAAGUUUGAUAAUCUGGUCGAUUGUUAAGAACUCUGUUUAAGACUUUUUAGACAACUUUGACAGCUGUGAUUAUUUUAUCAAAAUAUGUCCGAACACAAUAACCUAUAACACAAUUAAAAGUUAACAACGUUGUUAACGACAUCGUUGUUAACAAAGCUCUGAACAAUCGUCCAACUGACUAUCGCUGUUUUAUUAUUUUGAAAAUAUCUGAAACAUUUCUCAUCCUGCUAUCGUUUACUUUAUUGUCAAUAACAAGCUUACAAACAACAUUUUUUUUGUUCUGAGUGAAAUGUUUAAGAACAAUUAAGAUAGCGUAUAAGCAGAUUUAGGUUUUUCUAUUGGUAUGUUUGCUAUUUAUUUUGACUAUUGUGAUACACAUGUAUUACAUGAAUGUGUUGAUAUAUGUAUAUACUGAAACAAAACAAUGUACACAAGCCGUGAGAGUGCACGAGAUAUUGACAUGCCGCCAUUUUCUAUAAUAUUUUGAGCAGCUUUUUAUGAAUACGUUUUUUGAAGAUGCGAAAAAUAUGUUUGAGCCUCAUAGUAGCUUAAAACAAAAAGUCUAUUUUAAUUCGGAAUUGUGAACACAUUUAUUUUGUAACAUGGGUUUAGUUAAAUCUCAUAAAAAGUUUAGUUAGGGAACGAUAUCAGAAAUGAAAUAAAUGAAAAUGUUAAUGAAAAAUUAAAAUUGGAUAACAAACCUUACUGCCGCGGAAAAGACAAGCAUUUAUUUCCUCUUUACAAAUAGGGCGUUCAGGUAUUCUUGUGUACGUGUAAAUCAUGGUAUAUAAUUGGUACGAGUUACGAAAUCAGAGCUGAUUCUUCAUGUUAGAAAUAAACAUAUGUAUAGUCUGGUGCUGUAUCAUUGCAUUUUGUUGAUUCAAUAUUGAUUUUAUAUUUGUGUUUGUUACUUAAUGUUACUGUUUUUUGUUAAAUGCAUUAUUGUGAUGUUUUGGAAUCAUAUUCAUAUUCAAUCAUGUUGAAAACAAUGACAUUUUAAAAGGUGUUGUCAUAUUUUAUCCUGAGCAAUAAUUUAUUACAAUAUAUGUUAGAGUACAUACAUAUUGUCAAUAAUUCCAAGUUUUAUUAGUCAUAAAUAAGAUAUCCAUUAAUUAUUAUGUAUGGCAUUUCCAUGACAAGUUAUUUUUUUCUAUUUCCCUCCUCAAAUUCUAAAGACAUUAUUUUUGUAUUAUUUUAAUAUUAUGCACUUUUCAACAAGGAAGCAAUGUGUAUACAAAAAAGCAAUUGACUGUGACAUAAAACAAGUUUGUUUGAGCCAGUCAGAGAGAACGUUUUAGUUCUCACAAUGCUAUGUAGUUGCUUUUUUCGAGUACCAUGGCCUAUAUAGACACUACUAGUAAAACUGUAAAGUAGUCUUAACAGACCUAAGAACAAAGUUGUAAAAUGUCACAGUCUGUUAUUAUAAAUGCAUUUGAAUGCAUAUGAGUUGCACACAGGUUCAACACUUCCUAUUUAUCAUUAUUUAACAAGGACAAGUUUUAUUCCAAGAACACGGCCGUAUGUAAAACGUUUUCAUUGGUUCCCUAGAUAUUCAAUGGAACGAACCCAGAAGUCAUUAAAAUCAUUGACAAUAGCAGUAUAAGGAUAUAGAUACGUAAAAAAGCAGCCUUUUGAACAGAUUAAGUGAAACUUUACAGUAUAUUUCUGGACAUAUUUGUGAACUUUUAAGGAAAUAGUUUUGUAACUUUGUACUUAAGUUUAUACCAAUUGCUUCCAAAAUGUGCUCAGUAGUAGUUUUUAAUCACUUUUAAAUGUGAUUAAAUGUGCAUAGCAAUAAAUUCAUUUAGAGUCACUGUUUUGUUAAGUAUUUUAAUAUAUGUUUUAAUGUUAUGUUUUUUUAUGUGCAAACUUGUUUAUGCAUGAGGAAAGAAUGUUUGCUUAGUCAAAAUUUAUAAACAUCGAACAUAUUUUGGAUAAUACUGCUUCUGCCUCACUCAUUACAGGUCAUCGUUUGACUUUUUUCUACAAAAAGAUUGUAGAAAUUUAAAAGAGUUCAUUAUCUUAUUUCACAGGAAUCUGACUGAUGUGACAACAAUUUACCUAAUCAAACAAAACAAACCUGAAACCAUGACUAUAGUAUGACUAUGUUUAACUUAAAACAUAUGACUUGAGACUUACAAAAGGGAAGACUGCCUUAAGGCAUGUGUGCAGUAGUAAUGAGUGUUUAAAAAGGAUUGCUGUGCUUUUGUAUGGCGGCAGUUUUGUUGAAAUGCAAAGUGCCGUUCAGUUGUCUGUCUUCUAUAUUAAGAUACUAUGUCCCCAAUUGGUCACCGAGGGUAUUUUUUGUUCUCCCUUAACAAUAAGACCAAUUAUACAUAUGGCUAUUUCACAAGUAACUUCAUUGUAAACUAAGGUGGUCUGAAUUUAAGUUAUAAUGGGUACAAUGCAAUGAGUUGUUAGUUAAAUCGUAAAGUCCUCUGAUGACUUGGACUUCAACUAAAACGUCUGUAGUAAAGAUGCAAGUACUCGUCAGUCUUUGAAGUUUAUGUCGACUGUAAUCAUGAAAACUAUGAAGAAUUUGCAGAAGCAGUAUUAUCUUAAUACUGAUAGUAAAUAUGGUGUCGUUCUCUAUGUAGUAUAGUGAAUAAUCUGUGCAAUAAAAUUUGGAAAAAAAUAUGGUUUGAGGCAUAGAAUGUCGAUGGAAAAAUCUAAGGAUUGUGUCAGAGGAAACUUAAAAGUGAAGUUUAUUAUAAAAAUGUUAAACAACUUCAUAGUUUAGAUUAUAUGGUAAUUUUAGAAUUGUCAAUAUUAUUUCAAAUUUCCUGUUUAAAAUGUUAACAUUUGAAAUCUAUAGAUCAUUUUUCUUUUGUCAUAUUUUGUUAUUAGAUUUGGGUUGCUAGAAUCAUGUUCAUUUUUAUAUGAAUUACAAAUAAACUAUACAGAAGGUGAA